AAGAACACACGCUGAUUUUGCCGCCAAAAUCGGAACAUGCUCUGUCUACCUCUUCGCUUAAUCUCUCCUCACCCUAAAAUCCCUGUUGGAUCCCAAACCCAAGUGUUCAGAUUCUUGUCAACAACCCAUUUUGUUCAUCUUCAUCAUCGUCGUAAGUAUUCGAACAAUAUUGUUCACAGGAGUUAUGAGUAUAGUUCUUGUUCUUGUUCGAAUUCGGAUAUGGGUUCUUUCAGUUCGAGCGAAGAAGAAUUUGAUAUGGAAUUGGGACGCUUGUUGAGGUUGUUGCCGGAGGAGAUGCGGCGGAGGGUUAACGAGCAUCACGAACUUCACCAACUGAUUGAGGUCGUUAUGGAUUUGGGUCGGAAACCCUUGGCUCGAUUUCCUUCUGGAGAUUUUGUCUUAUCUGAUCAUUUGAUCACGGUGGAUGAUCUUUUACACGCUACUUCAUUGGUAGGUGACUUUGCUAUUGAUAAUCGAGCUGGCAUCAGCAGAACUUUGCACCGGAUUAGUGCCAUCAGAAACCGCAAGGCCGCAAUUAUUGGGCUAACCUGUCGUGUCGGUCGAGCUGUAUCAGGAAGUGCCAAAUUAUUGCAAGAUAUGGUUAAAGAUGGAGCCUCUUUAUUGCUUAUUGGACCUCCAGGAGUUGGAAAAACUACAAUUAUCAGGGACAUUGCUCGAAUGCUUGCAAAUGAUUAUAAGAAACGUGUCAUGAUUGUUGACACCUCAAAUGAAAUCGGUGGAGACGGUGAUAUACCUCACGCAGGUAUAGGUAAUGCUCGAAGGAUGCAAGUUCCUGAUUCUGAUAUGCAACAUAAGGUGUUAAUAGAAGCAGUUGAAAAUCAUAUGCCUCAAGUGAUUGUAAUUGAUGAAAUCGGCACAAAACUUGAAGCAGCCGCUGCAAGCACUAUUGCACAACGCGGGAUUCAGUUAGUUGCAACUGCUCAUGGUAUUACGAUAGAGAAUUUGGUGAUGAAUCCUUCGUUGGAGAUGCUUGUUGGAGGAAUACAGAGCGUGACACUAGGAGAUGAAGAGGCAAAUCGAAGGGGUGUACAGAAAUCAGUGCUGGAGAGAAAAGGUCCAUCUACUUUUGAUUGUGCCGUGGAGAUCAUUUCUAGGGUUGAGUUGAGAGUUCAUAGUAGCCUGGAAGCAACAGUUGAUGCUAUUCUUUCUGGCCGUUCCCCAAAAUAUCAAGUUUGCAAAUUAAAUCAGGGAGAGGUAGAUGUUACUUUACAAAAUGAUCCAAUUGCACACGAUUCAUUUGUCAAGAAGAGUGUCACCACAAUUGAAGGCAUUCCACAGUGGACCAAUGAAAAGCUUACCUCUAACAAACACAUCUCUAAAGAGUCUCGAAGCGACAAAGAGAAUUCUUAUGAUAAGCCACCCUUGUGUUUGUUUCUCUAUGGGGUCUCAGAGACCUGUGCAAUACAAGUAUUCAAAAACUUAAAGAUGGACUCUGCUGUUGAAUUCACGGAGAAUAUUAGUGAAGCAGAUGCAAUACUUGCACUACUAUCCAAAAUCAGGAAAAAUUCUCGGAUUCAGGCUGCUGCUCACUCUAGUGAUGUACCUAUUUAUGUGACCAAGACAAGCUCGUUGACGCAAUUAGCAAAGGCCAUAGAGGCAUUAGUGACUGAUUAUGAUAAUGGUUUUGAAGAUAUUGAGGAUGAAACUCAGAUAAAUGAAUCAGAGAAGACUGAUGCUUUGGAGUGCGCCAUUCUUUUCUGGCUUGCUAUAAUUUGUCCUAGUUCGACGGUUUCUGGUUCAUGAUUUAUUGGAAGAUGACUGGAAAAGACAAACCAUCUGGCAGCAACAGUGGUCCAUGUGUACCCGAGAAGCUUCCAGUAAAUGUAAUCACCGACAACAAGCUUAAUAGCUCCAACUUCUUUGCUUGAAGCAAAACUAUUCGUAUCUAUCUCCGAAACAUGGGAAUGGCUUCUCAUCUCACAUCUGAUCUCCUUAAAGGUGAGGGUUUCUGAUUCAUGGUUACAAAGUGAUGCUCGUUUGUACUUGCAGAUUAUCAAUAUUAUUGAGCCUUUCGUUUCGUCUUUGGUUAGUCACUGUGAUUACAUGAAGGAUCUUAUAGAUUAUCUUGAUUUUCUAUAUCUGGACAAAGUAACAUCUCUCGAAUAUAUAGUGUUUGUAAGUCCUUUCAUUGUGGAGAAACAUGACUGAUCACUCACUACUUAUGUCAUGGAGUUCAAGAAAGUAUAUGAGGAGCUUAACUCUCUUCUUCUAUUAAGUGUUGAUGUCAAAGCCAUGCAGACCCAGAGGGAACAAGUGGCUGAUAUCAGUUUCUUGCCUGGUUUGCGACCAGAAAUUGACUCUAUUAGAUCUCAGUUCCUGAAUGAAUAUGCUAUUCCUUCUCUUUAGGAAACAUUUGUCUGUGUUCUUCAGAAUGAGAAUCUUCAGUCUUCUCAAACUUCUGAUCACAACAAUGCUCUGGUUAGUCAAGGUGGAUUCCAUGGUGGUUCCCAAGGAGGAUCUCGUGGGGGUCACAGAGGGGGAUCUAGAGGUGGCUACAGUGACCGAACAACUGACUCACUGGCUACUAUUCCAAAUUGUGAUGAUGUUAAGUGUUACUACUGCCAUGAGCUCAGUCACACCAAGCGCACGUGUAAGAAACUUUUGGCCAGACAUCUAAUGAGCUCAUCAGCACACGUUGCUCUGCCUC